CGUCACUCUCUUCCCCUUACACUCACUGCGACCCGCCUUCAUUCAACACAAACAUGGGUAACGCACCGUCUGGCAUGCCCGGUGGGAGACCGGGUGGCCGCCCGCCCGGGGACCAGAAAGACAAGAAAGAGCAGAAGAAGAAGUGGGAGCCGCCGCUCCCAACGAGCGUGGGCAAGCGCAAGAAGAGAAAGGGCCCGGACGCGGCGUCGAAGCUGCCCGCGGUGUUCCCCACGACGCGCUGCCGGCUGAAGCUGCUCAAGCUCGAGCGCAUCAAGGACUACCUGCUCAUGGAGGAGGAGUUCAUCCAGAACCAGGAGCGGCUCAAGCCCGAGAGCGCGCGCGAGGAGAAGAACGAGGAGGACCGGACGAAGGUCGACGACCUGCGCGGGUCGCCGAUGGCCGUCGGCACGCUGGAGGAGAUCAUCGACGACGACCAUGCAAUUAUCAGCACCGCGUCGGGUCCGGAGUUCUACGUGUCCAUCAUGAGCUUCGUGGACAAGGACUUGCUUGAGCCUGGGUGCCAGGUGCUGCUGCACCACAAGAACCAGGCGGUCGUUGGUGUGCUGCAGGAUGACGCGGACCCCAUGGUCAGCGUCAUGAAGCUCGACAAGGCGCCGACGGAGAGCUAUGCGGACAUUGGUGGGCUGGAACAGCAAAUACAGGAAAUCAAGGAGUCAGUAGAGCUGCCCUUGACACAUCCGGAGCUGUACGAGGAGAUGGGUAUCAAGCCACCAAAGGGUGUCAUCUUGUACGGUGUCCCUGGUACCGGAAAGACCCUCCUGGCCAAGGCCGUCGCGAACCAGACGUCAGCAACGUUCCUGCGCGUGGUCGGCUCAGAGCUUAUUCAGAAAUACCUCGGAGACGGCCCCAAACUCGUACGAGAACUGUUCCGGGUGGCGGAGGAACAUGCACCAAGUAUUGUGUUCAUCGACGAGAUUGAUGCCAUUGGUACGAAGCGGUACGACUCAACAUCCGGCGGCGAGCGCGAAAUCCAGCGGACGAUGCUGGAGCUCCUGAACCAGCUGGACGGUUUCGAUACGCGCGGGGACGUGAAAGUGAUCAUGGCGACGAACAAGAUUGAGUCGCUCGACCCCGCGCUCAUUCGGCCAGGGCGUAUCGACCGUAAGAUCGAGUUCCCCCUACCGGACGUGAAGACGAAGCGACACAUCUUCAAGCUGCACACGUCGCGUAUGAACCUCUCGGAGGACGUCGAGCUCGAGGAGUUUGUGACCACGAAGGACGACCUGUCCGGCGCGGACAUCAAGGCGGUGUGUACAGAGGCGGGUCUGUUGGCGCUUCGGGAGCGGCGGAUGCGUGUGACGAAGGCGGACUUCACGUCCGCGCGAGAGAAGGUCCUGUACAGGAAGAACGAGGGCACGCCGGAGGGACUCUAUCUGUGAUCUGUCGUCUGUGUUUGUAUUGUUCGUCGCGCUGCGUAACCUACCUUUCUCCUAGUCUUUGGACUCUACGCAACUCCGG